AUGACAAUUCUCGAAUUUUCCGCCCUUCGCACAGAAGUGGGGACCCUGGAUUCUGGAGAAUCUCACUCCAGCAGGAUUCGGCUCCAGGAAAAUUCUGCCCGAGAUGCGACAAGCGUCGGCCUGUUCCGCGUGUCGAGAGGGCUCCCUUGCUCAAGCUCGCGACCAGGGCAGGCCGGCGCUACGCGGUUGGCGGGCGAGACAAUAAAUCUCGCACAGGGAUCUGACUCGCGGAGGUGCAACUUGUCGGCAAAGCCUCUUUGUCUGGAGCUGGUGGAGCUCUACUUCGACUACGUGCACGACCAGCUGCAUAGCCUGUUCCAUAAAACGACUUUUCUAGAGGAUGUGAGAAAUGGUAAUGCCCCACCGAUCCUCCUCUACGGGAUGAUGGCGCUCUCUGCAAGAUUUUCCAAUCACCCCUUGCUCAUCGGCAUAGAUCCGAGGAACAGAGCCGAAAAGUUCGCUCAGCAAUGCGAGUCUUUGUUGAAUCUGAAUGAUGUCUCGGUCAUGACCAUUCAGGCAUGUGUUCUGUUAGGUGCCAUCGCUAUCACAGAUGGCAAGCCGGCUUCCGAGUCUAUUUACUAUGCGGUGGCAUGUCGAAUAGCGCAGCUUCUGGACCUGCCAAAUCGCAAAGGCUCUCAACUGGACUGUGAAAUAAACAUUCGAAUCUGGUGGACCCUGAGCAUGAUCGAUACAUGGUCAUCGAACGGAGUGAGACUGCCGAGGCUGCUCCAGCCCAAGGAUGUACCAUUACCGAUGGAAGAAAUGACGUUCCUUGAGAUGCGCCAGGGCUCCGAUAUAUCUACUCCAGGUAAAACAUCUCUACUGGCGGAGAUGGUUCGCCUAAAUCGCAUAUUGCAACAGAUCAACGAAUUCAACAUCAAGUCCUCUGAAUCAGAUAUGGAACCCAUAUCUAUACUGCGCAGUGUCGAGGGUCUUUCCAAUCAGCUUGACGCAUGGCACCGGGAGCUUCCAGAUCAUUUCCGUGAUACGCAUGAAAACAUGGAGAGGUGCGCAGCGCAAGGCCUCGGUCGAGUGUUUGUUGCCAUUUAUCUGGGAUAUUAUCACUAUGGUCAGAUACUAUUCUACCGCUUCCUACAUGAGGACCUACAGCAGCUGAAAGGUGACCCAGAUACAAAAGCUUAUGCUGCUCUGUGCAAGCUCCACGCCGAAAAGCUGUGUCGGAUCGUCUAUGCUUCGGAAAGCACACGUGGGUGUGAUGUCAAAUAUAACAUGGUGGGCCACGUCCUGGUUAUUUCCUCGACUAUUCAUCUGCAUUCCUUGCUGUUUGAUAGCAAUAGGGAAGCUUCCCAUGCCAAAGACUGCUUGGAGAAGAAUUUUUGCAUUCUGAACCGUCUGUGCAGGCUCUGGCCCACGCUGGACUUUUGUAUGGAGCGGCUGAUGGCGUUUCAUGAGGCCUGCAAGAACUCUGCAGAUACCAGCUUCCGCAUGGAUGCUUGGAUGGUUAGAUUUUUGGUCGAGUUUGCGAGUCCGGUGAAUGGCAAGGACUCCUUGCGCCUACGCGAACAAAAUGCGACCUGGUUGUCGGAUUUGGGCAUUGAAGCCCGCCCAGCUGCAGGCCCAAUUGCUCGUGUCGCACCAGGGAUCUUGAUCACCUCCUCGCCCGAGGUCUGGACGCACGUCAAUAAUAAGCCAGGAUACAAGCGAUCCGAUUGGUACUACCAAGCCACGAGGAUCGAGUAUCGGAAAGACAAUGUAUUCAGCCAGACCGACAAUACCAAACACGACAAGCGCAGAAAACAGAUGGCUGCGGGGUACUCCGGGAGAGAGAAUCUGAAUCUCGAAGCCGCCGUGGAUGAUCGAGUUCAGGAAUUCAUAGAUCUCAUCCGUUCGAGAUACAUCUCAUCCGACGUCGUGAAACCUAUGGAUUUAGCUAUAAAGGUUCAAUUCUUCACCCUGGACGUAAUCAGCAGCGUCGGCCUGGGAAAGACCUUCGGAAUGCUCAAAAGUGACCACGACGUCGACAGCUACGUGGAGUCUCUGAAAGAAGGGCUCGCAGUCGGAAAUACCGCCCUCGCAUUAGGCUUCAGCUGGAUAACGCAGGCGCCGCUGAUCGGCCGCCUGAUUGCGCCCUCUCCCAAAGACAAGACCGGAUUUGGGAAAAUGAUGAAGGCUUGCUUUCAGAUCGUGGACGAACGAGCGGCGAGCUCUGCAGACAAGAGAUCUGACAUGCUAGCCUCGUUCAUGCGGCACGGGCUCACAGGGGAGGAGCUCCGCAGCGAAGCGCUGGAACAAAUUCUCGCAGGCUCCGAUACCACGGCUGGAGCGAUCAGAGGCUCGCUGCUACACAUCAUGACGAACCCCCGGGUCUACGCAAAACUCCAGCGGGAGAUCGACGAUGCCGUGCAACGCGGCCUUGUUGCAGAGGGCAGCAUCAUUCCUGCCGCUCUGGCUAAAGAGCUUCCGUAUCUCCAGGCAGUGAUCCGCGAGGCUCUACGGGUGUGGCCGCCGGUGGCUAAUAUAUUCUCGCGAGAUGUUCCCGCAAGCGGGGAUACGGUCGUCGUCGAUGGGGAGAGUGUGUUUCUCCCGGGUGGGAUCAGCAUCGGAUACGCCGCGUACGCAAUGCACCACAGCAAGGAAAUCUAUGGGCAGGACGCGAAGGCCUUCCGACCGGAGCGGUGGUUUGAGGCAGACUCUGCAAAGCUGACUCGCAUGAUCCGAACUAGUGACCUGACUUUCGGCCACGGUAAGUGGCAGUGUUUAGGCAAGCCGGUGGCUCAGCUCGAGAUGGGGAAAAUCUUGUUUGAGCUUUUGCGCAACUUCGAUCUCGCUCUGAUCAAUCCAACACGACCCUGGGAUGCGCGCAAUUAUCUUGGGCUUUUUGCGAUUUCCGAUAUGUGGGUCCAGGUCACCGAGCGCGAAACUGUUUCGCAGCGCUAUUGA